AGCCGAACCCUGGUGACGUCAGCCGUACGUAAAGACCCAGCCUCGCGGCCUGAGCGUUCUUUCGCCUCUCUCGCGCUGCUCGGUCGACAGGUCUGCUCUGUGUCUCCGGACGACUCAACACCGACUCGGCAAAAAUGAUCAUCUACAAGGACAUCAUCUCCGGCGACGAGAUGUUCUCUGAUGCCUUUUGCGUCAAAGAAGUCGAAGGCGGGUUCCUGUACGAAGUUGAAGGAAAGAGUGUCUGCAGGACAGAUCAAAUCGAUGAUACUCUCUUUGGGGCCAACCCUUCUGCAGAAGAGAUUCAGGACACCAAUGACGCCUCAACUGCCAGCGGUGUGGACAUCACCCUCAACCACAAACUGCAAUCGACGUCUUUUGAUAGGAAGCAGUACCUGGCCCACAUUAAGGAAUAUAUGAAAGAGAUCAAGAGCAGGCUGGAAAAGGAAAGACCAGAAAGAGUGGAGGAAUUCACAAAAGGCAUGCCAAGUGUGAUUGGGAAGAUUAGUAAAAACAUUAAGAACUACGAGUUUUAUACUGGAGAGUCCAUGAACCCAGAAGGAAUGGUGGCCCUGCUGGAUUACCGCGAGGAUGGCAUUACACCAUUCAUGCUUUUCUUCAAAGAUGGUCUGGAGAUUGAGAAAUGUUAAAUGACCUGGAUCUACAUUUCAAUUGGCUGCUGCUUCCUAAAUGGCCCCAAGAGCAGACCGAAGAUCACUAUUUUGCAUCAUGCCUAAACAGAAACAUUCUUACACAAUUCCUAUAUAUAUUUGCAUUAUAGUCCACAGUACCACUCCCACGACAAGGUGAUUCAAACAGACAUCUGAUUUUAAUAACUUCUUUUUGGCUUUUGCAGUGUCUAUUUGUCCCACGUUUUGCAAUUUGAAAAUAAAAGGCAGGACGUUGAGCAAAGCUCCGAUGAACUGAAAGAUGCAUUUUUUUCUUCCUAUGCAUACUGUUUUAGCAAUGAUCCAUACAGAUUGACCUAACCGGACCUCUCUGUUUAUGGUUGCAUCAAAUUAAAUUCCAUCUACAAUGAAGACAUGAUAGGAAAAUACAAACAAGUACCACCAA